UCCAAGGAAAACAUUUUGCAGGCGAUCUUCGCUUAAGCGUGCGUAAAUGUCCAAAAUUAAUAACUAACGAAGAUGGACGACGAGCGAAUAGAUUGGAUUCGUCACCAAGUGUAUCUUGGUUUGGACAUAAACGAGCUCGAUGUUUUUGAAGAACUUCUUGAUCGAGAUGAUGGUUAUUGGGAACGUGAGCUAGGAAAGUUUUUGAAUGACACCCCUGAAGAUAAUGAAAAUUCAAUUUUGUUUUACAAGAUAACAAAGGAAGAGGAGGAGGAAGUGGAAGUAGAAUGUGAGCCAGAGAUCCCUGACAUUGCCCAGGAGGAGGAGGCUGGGGAGGGAGAGCCCCGGGAACAGACCCAGUCCCAGGGGGAGACCAACGUGCCCACAGAGGAGCCUGAACCCAAGGAACAGGCCCUGGGCGUCUCCACCCCAACUGGCGAGGAAGAUGGAGCUAAAAAAGGCGCUAGUGGAAAAGGAAAGCGUGUGGGUAGUACCAAGAGUGGGGACCACAAACCAGAGAGUGAAGUGCCAGCUACCCCAGAAGUCUUAGCCGAGGAAAAGCCGGAGGGUGAUGGUGAGGAAAAUGAGGGUGAAAAUGAGGAGGAAAAGGCACCAAGAACUAAAAUCAUCGUCCAGACAGUAACGCGAACAUACUUGCACAUGUGCUACCAGUUUCUACCGGAACAGUUUGCGGACCUUGACAGCAUGUACUUCAUCCGCAACACACCAGGCAUGGUACCGCUGCCAGGCAACAAGGGUGAGGCCUCAGAGAUGAUGCCCAACUACUUUGAGGCGGGAAUCCUGAAUGGCCACUCCCUGGUCAUGCUGGAGCAUAUUAUAGCACAGGUGUACAUGCCUCUGCUGUCCUACAACCAGCAUCGAAAUGGGGAAGCAAAGGACACGCGCAGCCGACCUGACACUCGUGUCUCUGCCAGAACAGACGAAGAGGAGGGCGGGAAAGGUGAGAAACAGAUCAACGUCGCUGAAUCACGCGCUAAAGCAAUGCUGAGAGAUGAGUUUCUCAUCAGCAUGCAGAAGUUUGCGGGUAGCAUCACUCGAACAAUUCAACAGAUUGAGGGAGAAGUGAGGCUGGAGGUGCCUGAAAUGGAGCUCAGUGAUAUCAUAGAAGACAUCGUAGCCAAUACGGAGCUAAUGGACAAGAUUCGAGAGAUCUGCCACGAGUGGACACGUCAGGUUCGGGGUGCGCUGGAGUCGCAGCUGAAGAAGACGCCGCAUGGGAAAGGUCCCCUGGCGGAGAUAGACUUUUGGAGGGAGAGAAACGCAGCCCUGAGCGCACUGGUGGAACAACUGAAGAUUCCGCAGGUUGCAAAAAUGCUUGAGGCGUAUUCGCAUUUAGAGACUGACUUUGAUGAUGUGAAAACGGAACUCCACAAGUAUUACGUUGAAGCAAAGGAUAAUGUACGUUUUCUUUCCACGCUGGAGCGACAUUUUAAGAAUAUUACCCACGGUGCAACAUUCCAGGUGGUCAUUGAGACAAUUCCAUCUAUGAUGAAUGCUCUUCGCAUGGUCUGGAUUAUUUCCCGCCACUACAACAAAGACGAGAGGAUGGUUCCGUUGAUGGAGAGGAUUGCAUGGGAAUUGGCUGAACGUGUUGACAAAGUGAUCAACAUCAGGACCAUUUUCAAGGAUAGCACAGAUGAGGUCAAGAGACGCACGUCGGAGGCCAAGAGGAUGUUACAGGUGUGGAAGGACAGCUACUUCGAGGUGCGGGCCAAGAUAGAGCAGUCUGGCAGGGACCAGCGCUGGGAGUUUGAUAGGAGGAAGCUCUUUGAGAGGACCGACUACAUGUCUAACAUAUGCCAGGAUCUGUACAACGUUGCUCAGAUUCUUGAAGAGUUCUACAAUAUCUUUGGUCCAGAGCUGAAGGCAGUCACUGGGGACCCAAAGAGGAUUGAGGAUGUCUUGGUCAGGGUGGAUGCUCUUGUCACACCCCUUGAAGAGGUGGCCUUUGAUCCGUUUGUGAUCCGCCAUUCCUCCAUGUGGAAGAGCGUAAUGGACCAUUUCGACCGUGAAGUUUUGAGCAUCGAGAAUGAGGCGAAGACCUUCAUUGACGAAUCAUUCCAGUCACUACGAUCCGCAGAGGGAGCGUUCAAUCUUCUGCUGAAAUUCAAGCACAUUCGCUCCAGGGAGGCAAUCAAUAAUCAGAUGAUGCAGAAGUUCCGGGAUAUUCUCCUGCAGUACCAGAAAGAGGUGGAGAUAAUUGACAAGCUUUUUACCGAAAACAAGGACCACCCCCCUCUGCACAAGAACCAUCCGCCUGUGGCCGGGUCAAUCUUCUGGGAGCGCUCACUGUUCCACCGCAUCAAGCAUGUUAUCAUACGGUUCCAGAGCAUGGAGGACAUGAUGCAGAGUGAUAUGGGCAAGGGGACUCGCGCCAAGUACCUGAGUGUGGGGAAGCAGAUGAAGCAGUAUGAGGACACGAGGUACGAGGGGUGGAAGGAGCACGUAGAGACCGUCCUCAACACUCUCAUCAAUCGCAACCUUAUUGUGAAGCCUACCCAGGCACAACAGCAGCAGCUGCAACAACAGCAGACGUCCGAGGAGGAACUGCGGGACGGAGAAGCGGGCAGGUACAAGGUGAGGUACGUGGUGGACUUUGACCCCAUGUUGGCAGAGAUUAUUGCAGAGACCAAGUACAUGGAGCAGCUUGGCUUCUCCGUGCCAGAGCUAGCCAGGAACAUUGCCCUCCAGGAUGAGAAGUACAUCAAGUAUGUGGAGAGUCUGACCUUCAUGCUGCAGCGAUACAACAAGCUGCUGGCCAGUCUGGAUCAGGCAGAGAGCACACUGCUGGAGGAUCAUGUACGAGAUCUGCGCCGGGUCAUCCGUCCAGGUGCCAAGCGUCUCAACUGGAGGGCUCUGGGUAUCCGGGACUACUGCUCCAAGUGUGAACAGGCUAUUGCAAAGUUUGAGUCGUUGGUGAACCAGAUACAAAAAAACGCAAAGGACAUAGACCAGCGUCUGCACAUGAUCGAGCAUGCAAACCUCUUCAAAUCUCCCGCCCCAAAAUACCCCGACCACCUGCCCGCAUGUAAGGAAUACUAUGAGCACAUAGAGCGAGAACGGGCCAAAGAUUUUGAGAUUCUAGCGCGGAAGUACCGGGGGAUCGGACCGCUUCUUACCAAGAUGGAGGGCCUUGUGGUGCACACAAAUACUGGCAAGUCGCCAAAACUGCGUCAGUACUAUGCCCACUGGGAGAAGAAGACUUAUGAUGCUCUUCAGAAGUUGAUCUUGAACAACCUGCGUCGGUUUGAAGUGGCCCUGCGCACAGAGAGGCCCCUGUUCCAGGUGGAGACCCUUUUAGCAGCCCCUGAUGUAGUGCUGCACCCACAGGCCAAUGAGGUGUUGAAACUGACCCUGCAGUGCGUGCGCGACUGUGUGGAGGGGACAAAGUUAUUUAUUCGGUGGAUGAAUGGCACGUGCAAGGAGUGCGAGCCCCAAAAGGUGGAGGGGGAGGAUGAGCUCUACCAGUACACGUUCUUCCAAGACAUCUCGGUGCACCCCGAGACUCACGAACUGGUGCAGACGAUACACUUUGACAUCAAGAACACCUUGACCAACAUGCAGCGAUACCUGAACCGCUGGAAGAAGUUCCGUAGUAUCUGGAAGAUUGACAAGCAAGCGUUGGCAGACCGCUGGUUCCAGAAGGCCCCGACCGUGGUCUCAUUUGACAGCAAGCUCCAGUAUUACCACAAAACUAUUGACGAGGUUGAGACCCUGCCCAUUGUUAAGGACCAGGAAUGCAUCAGGCUUCACAUGGGGCCCCUCGCUUCAUCCGUGAAAGACCAUGCCAAGCAGUGGAUCAACUGCCUGGGCAAGCUACUGAGGGACUCUGCCAAGGACAGCCUGUACCGACUGAACACCACGCUGGAGAGCAAGUCAGAAGACCUUGACAAGACGCCAGUGAGUCUGGAGGAUCUCAAGUUCGUGCUGACCACCAUCUCGGACAUCAAGGCCAUGUCCCUGGACGUGGAGGACAAGAUACGGGACAUCCAGGAACGCUACAGGACACUCUCCAUGUACGACAUUGAGGUGACAGAGGAAGAGAAGGAGAUCCAGUGGAAGAUGCCCCAGAUGUGGGAGGACCUCGUGUGGAAGUCCAAGCAAGUAGACGCCAGCCUCUUUGCUGUCAAGAAGAAAUUCAAGGAGAUCACCCAGGAGCAGAUCAAGGACUUCAGCAAGGAGCUCAAGGAAUUCUCGGAUCGUUUCUACCUUGAGGGUCCCGGCGUUGUUGGCAACAACCUUGAUAAAGGUGUAGAGUUGAUGAAGUCGUACCGUGUGGAGGUGAACAAAUACGAGUCAGAGCGGCAAGAGCUAGCCAAUGCAGAGAAGCUGUUUGACCUGCCCAUCACUAUGUACCCUGACCUGCAGCAGGUCCAGAAACAGAUGAAGGGGCUGGAGAUGAUCUACGCCCUCUAUGAGGAACAACAGAAUGCCAGAGAGCAGUGGGCAGAGACUCUGUGGGCCAAUCUGAACAUCCAGAUCCUGCAGGACGGUAUAGAGACGUUCAUGAAAAACCUUCGCAAGAUGCCACGAGAGGUCAAGCAAAUGGCGGUGGCACGUACCCUCGAAGACAAGAUGAAAGAGUUCCGUGAUUCCCUGCCAUUGUUUGUGGACUUGAAACACGAGGCUCUGAGAGAUCGUCACUGGAAGGAGCUGAUGACCAAGACGGGUCAGAAGUUCGACAUCAACCCCGAGACCUUCACCCUGGCCAACAUCUUUGCCAUGGAGUUACAGAGGUAUCAGGAAACCAUUGCAGAGAUCGUUACCAUGGCGGGCAAGGAAAUGGGCAUCGAGAAGGGAGUAAAAGAGAUAGAGGAGGCCUGGAACAACAUGAAGUUCACUGUGGUCCCCUACAUGAAAGGAACAUCUCACAGGGGCUUCAUCCUCGGAGCGAUAGACGAGAUUUUGCAGAGUCUUGAUGACAGCUCCAUGAACCUACAGAGCAUGUCAGCCUCGCGCUUCAUUGGUCCUUUCCUGAACAGCGUGCAGAACUGGGAGAAGAGCCUGUCACACAUCUCUGAAGUGCUUGAUGUGUGGAUGGUGGUCCAAAGGAAGUGGAUGUACCUGGAGGGUAUCUUCAUAGGCGGGGACAUCCGCUCUCAGCUCCCAGAGGAGGCCAAGAAGUUUGAUCAGAUUGACAAGACCUUCAAGAAGAUCAUGACAGAUACCCACAAGGUACCAACCAUCAAACUGUCAUGCCAUGCUCAAAAUCGCCUUCAAGAUCUGGAAGCCCUCAGCGUGGGACUGGAGAAAUGUCAAAAGUCUCUCAAUGACUACCUUGACUCCAAGAGGAACGCCUUCCCACGGUUCUUCUUCAUCUCUGACGACGAGCUGCUGAGCAUCCUGGGAAGCAGUGACCCGGAGUGUGUACAGGAGCACAUGAUUAAGAUGUACGACAACAUCGCCUCCCUUCGCUUCAACAAAGGCAACAACAACGAGGCGCUGGCAACGGCCAUGAUCUCAGCAGAGGGAGAGGUGAUGGACUUCAGGACCCAUGUGCCGGCAGAGGGGCGCGUUGAGGACUGGAUGACAAACGUCCUCGAGGAGAUGAGAGUCACCAACCGCCUCAUCACCAAGGAGGCUGUGUUCUUCUAUUGCGAAAACAAGACCAGGGUGGGCUGGAUGAUGGGCUACCAGGGCAUGGUGUGCCUGGCCGGGAACCAGGUAUGGUGGACCUGGGAGGUGGAGGACGUGUUUGCCAAGGUCAAGAAAGGUCAGAAAACGGCCCUCAAGGACUACGCCAAGAAACUGCACGGGCAGAUUGACGAGCUUGUUAUAACGAUUCGAUCGCCGUUGUCCUCAAAUGACCGCAAGAAAUUCAACUCCGUGUUGAUCAUUGAUGUUCAUGCCCGAGACAUCAUCGACAGCUUUGUGAGAGACAGUAUCAUGGAUGCCAAUGAGUUUGAGUGGGAGUCUCAGCUGCGUUUCUACUGGGUGAAGGAGCCAGAUGAGUUGAUUGUGCGUCAGUGUACUGGAGAGUUUGGGUAUGGCUACGAGUACAUGGGUCUCAAUGGGCGUCUGGUCAUCACACCCCUCACUGACAGGAUCUACCUUACUCUCACACAGGCCCUGUCCAUGCAGCUGGGUGGAGCCCCUGCCGGCCCUGCGGGUACUGGGAAGACAGAGACUGUAAAGGACCUGGCCAAGGCCCUGGGGCUGCUGUGCGUGGUCACUAACUGUGGGGAGGGCAUGGACUUCAAGGCGGUGGGUAAGAUCUACUCUGGUCUGUGCCAGUGUGGAGCCUGGGGUUGCUUUGAUGAGUUCAACCGUAUUGACGUCUCCGUGCUGUCUGUCAUCUCAACGCAGCUUAAGACUAUACAGAAUGCACUGGUGCUCAAACUGAAGAGGUUUCAGUUUGAAGGAGUGGAGAUCAAUAUGGACUGCCGUGUGGGUAUCUUCAUCACCAUGAACCCUGGCUACGCAGGCCGCACUGAGCUCCCAGAGUCUGUGAAGGCGCUUUUCCGUCCUGUUGUGGUCAUAGUCCCAGAUCUGCAGCAGAUCUGUGAGAUCAUGUUGUUCUCUGAGGGCUUCUUGAUGGCAAAGAUUCUGGCCAAGAAGAUGACAGUGUUGUACAAACUUGCGCGUGAACAACUCUCCAAGCAGUACCACUAUGACUUCGGGCUCAGGGCUCUCAAGUCUGUACUGGUCAUGGCCGGAGAGCUGAAGAGAGGAUCGCCAGACCUUCCAGAGGACGUGGUGCUGAUGAGAGCCCUGCGUGACAUGAACCUGCCCAAGUUUGUGUUUGAGGACGUCCCACUGUUCCUGGGUCUAAUUGGGGAUCUGUUCCCGGGUCUAGACUGCCCUAGAGUCCGGUACCCGAACUUUAACGACGCCGUAGAGGCCAUCUUGGUGGAGAACAACUACGAGAUGUUACCUGUGCAGGUUGACAAAGUUGUGCAGAUGUAUGAGACUAUGAUGACACGUCACACAACCAUGAUUGUGGGGCCCACCGGCGGUGGCAAAUCGGUCGUCAUCAACACGCUCGCCCAGGCACAAACCAAACUUGGAACAACAACAAAGCUGUACACAAUCAACCCAAAGGAUCGCAGCGUCAUAGAACUCUACGGCAUACUGGACCCGGUCACGCGUGACUGGACCGACGGGCUGCUGUCCAACAUCUUCAGAGAGAUCAAUCGCCCAACAGACAAGAAUGAGAAGAAGUAUAUUGUGUAUGAUGGGGAUGUUGAUGCGUUGUGGGUGGAAAACAUGAACUCGGUCAUGGAUGAUAACAGACUGAUGACCCUCGCCAAUGGUGAACGUAUUCGACUCCAGAAACACUGUGCCAUGUUGUUUGAGGUGUUUGACCUGCAGUACGCCUCCCCGGCCACUGUGUCCCGCUGUGGCAUGGUGUACGUCGACCCCAAGAACCUGGGAUACCAUCCGUUCUGGAAGAAGUGGGUCAAAUCACGCACUGGCAAGGUGGAGAAGGAAAACCUCCAUAGGCUCUAUGACAAGUACGUUCCCACGCUGAUUGACAUGGUCGUGGAGGGGAUCAUCGAUGGACGCCAGGGCGAGAAGAUGAAGACCAUCAUACCGCUCACUAACCUCAAUAUGGUGACCCAGCUGGCCAACAUGUUGGACUCGAUCAUCGUGAAGGAGAUACAGGAAGCUGACGAGCUAGAGGCGGUCUUCAUACAGGCCCUUACGUGGUCCAUAGGGGCCGGGCUUCUGGAGGAUGGGCGCAUAAAGUUUGACGCCCAGGUCAAGACUAUGGCUGCUAUGCAGAACAUCAGCGACGACAACAAGACCAUGGCCGGGCUUGGUGAGCUGCCAACCACACAGCCAACCCUCUAUGACUACUUCUUUGAUCUGGAACAGAAGAAAUGGGUACCGUGGAUAAACCUAGUGCCCAAGUACAAGCAUGACCCAGGUCGGAAAUACAACGAGAUUCUGGUCCCAACCCUGGACACUGUGAGAACCACAUGGCUUCUGAACCUCAUGGUGCGAAUCAAGAGGCCAGUCGUGUUGAUUGGUGACACUGGCACAUCAAAGACGGCCACCAUUGCUAACUUCCUGAGGACUCUGGACCAGGACUCACAUUUGCUUCUGAACAUGAAUUUCUCGAGUCGUACCACAUCUAUAGACGUUCAGCGUAACUUGGAGGCCAAUGUAGAGAAGAGGACCAAGGACACGUACGGCCCGCCCCCGGGCAAGCGCCUACUCAUCUUCAUUGACGACAUGAACAUGCCUCAGGUGGACACGUACGGAACACAGCAGCCGAUAGCUCUGUUGAAACUGCUUCUGGAGCGUGGUGGCUGUUACGAUCGUGGCAAGGACCUGAACUGGAAGAACAUGCGAGACAUUGGCUACAUAGCCGCCAUGGGAAAAGCAGGUGGUGGGCGAAAUGAGACGGACCCGAGAUUUGUCUCCCUUUUUAGCGUUUUCAACAUGACUUUCCCGUCAGAGGAGUCGCUGUUCCUGAUCUACAACUCGAUCUUGUCGGGCCACGCCCAGGCCAUGUCUGGGGACAUUCAAGGCAUUGUGUCCACUAUCACCAGGAUGACUAUGGCUCUCUACAGUAAAAUCAUCAAGGAUCUGCCACCAACCCCGUCCAAGUUCCACUACAUCUUCAAUCUGCGAGACCUGUCACGUAUCUACCACGGUCUUUCCCUCACAACGUCUGACAGGUUCUCCAAGGUGGAACAAUUCCUGCGCGUCUGGAGGAACGAGUGCAUGAGAGUCAUUGGGGACAGGCUCAUCAAUGACCAGGACAAGAACUAUCUCAGUGAGCAACUCAAGACGCUGCUGGACGACAACUUCAAGAUGCACACUGAGUUCGCGAUGCGCGACCCGUGCCUGUUUGGAGACUUCCGCACGGCCCUUGAGGAGAGUGAGCCGCGCCUGUACGAGGAUAUCCAGGACUACGACGCCGCAAAGGCCCUCUUCCAGGAGAUUGCGGAGGAGUACAAUGACAGCCACACGCCCAUGAACCUCGUACUGUUUGACGAUGCGCUGGAACAUCUGACCCGCAUUCACCGGGUCAUCCGUAUGGACCAGGGCCAUGCCCUGUUGGUCGGAGUUGGGGGCAGUGGCAAGCAGAGUCUGUGUAAGCUGGCAGCAUUCACAGCAGGAUGCGAGGUGUUUGAGAUACAACUGAGUCGAGGGUACGGUGAGCAGAUGUUCCGAGAAGAUCUGAAGAUUCUGUACAACAAGCUUGGAACAGAGAAUAAGAAGAUGGUCUUCCUGUUCACUGAUCAGCAUGUCGCUGAAGAAGGUUUUCUGGAGAACAUCAACAACAUGCUGACGUCUGGAAUGGUGCCUGCUCUAUAUGCAGACGAUGAAAAGGAGGCAAUAAUUGGAUCAGUUCGUAAUGAGGCGCUUGCGGCUGGUGCAGGCCACGCACGUGAGAGUAUCUGGCAGUACUUUGUGACCAAGUGCUCCAACAACCUGCACAUCGUCCUUGCCAUGUCACCGGUGGGCGAGGCAUUGAGAACCAGGUGCAGGAACUUCCCUGGUAUGGUGAACUGUGCCAACAUUGACUGGUUCUUCCCGUGGCCAGAGCAGGCUCUGUAUGCUGUGGCUAGCGUCUUCAUCUCCCCUGAUAACCCGUUGAUCAGUGACGUGCACAGAGACAACGUGGUGGAGCAUAUUGUGCUGGUGCACACAAGUGUUGGCCAGUACAGCAAACUGUUCCUGCAGCGACUGAGACGCAGCAACUUUGUGACGCCCAAGAACUACCUGGACUUCAUCAACACCUAUCUAAAGCUCCUCUCUGACAAGGACAGCUCCAUUCAUGCUCAGUGCAACCGUCUGUCAGGAGGUCUGAUGAAGAUUGCUGAGGCAAGCGAACAGCUAGCGAUCCUGAACGAGAAACUUGCCGUGCAGAAGGUGGCGGUGACAGAGAAGACUGCAGCCUGCGAGGCGCUCCUCAAGGAGAUCGCGUCAGGAACCAAACGGGCGGUGGAGAAGAAGAAACUGGCCGAGGCCAAGGGCAAGGAGAUUGAAGAGCAGAGCAAAGUGAUCGAAGUUGAGAAGAAAGAGGCAGAGAGUGCACUGGAGGAGGCUCUACCCGCGCUGGAGGCUGCCAGACUUGCACUCGACGACCUUGACAAGUCUGACGUCACUGAAAUCAGAUCUUUCUCCAAGCCCCCGAAGGCAGUACAGACUGUGUGUGAGUGCGUCGUGAUUCUGCGAGGCAUCAAGGAGGUGUCAUGGAAGUCAGCCAAGGCAAUGAUGGCGGAGGCAAACUUCCUUGCGGCAUUGAAAAAGAUGGAUGUUGACUCCAUUUCACAAAAGCAGACCCAGGCCACCAAGGCUAUUCUCAAGGAGAUUGAUGUGUCAAUGGAUGAAAUGAAGUCCGUCAGCCGGGCAGGCUAUGGGUUGCUCAAGUUUGUGGACGCUGUGCUAGGAUACUGUGCUGUUGCCAGGGAGAUCAAACCCAAACGAGAAAAGGUAAUCAAACUGGAGAAGAACUACGCGCAGGCCAAGCGUGACUUGGAGAAGAUCACCAAUGAGGUUACCUCCCUUGAGAAAGAGUUAAAUGACCUGGGACAAAAGUAUGAGCAGGCAAUGGCAGAGCAGAAGAAACUGUCUGAUGAAGCCGCUGUCAUGGAGCGCAGGCUGAUUGCAGCUGACAAACUCAUUUCUGGUCUUGGCUCAGAAGAAAUCAGAUGGAAAGCCGACCUUGAGAUUCUCAAGGACAAGCGUGUGCGGUUGCUAGGCGACUGCCUGGUGGGCUCCGCCUUCUUGAGCUAUGUGGGGGCGUUCAGUUGGGAAUUCCGAAAUGAUCUCGUCCAAAAGGAGUGGCUUGUUAAUCUCGUCAAUAAAAACGUGCCUCUGAGCACGCCAUUCCGACUGGAGGACCUGCUGACCAACGACGUCGAGAUCAGCAAGUGGACUUCAGAGAACCUCCCACCUGACGACCUCUCCAUCCAGAAUGGUAUCCUGACAACCCGUGCCAGCCGGUUCCCUCUUUGUAUCGACCCCCAGCAGCAGGCACUCAACUGGAUCAAGAAGAAAGAGGAGGCAAACAACCUCAAGGUGUGCACGUUCAACGACCCAGACUUCCUGAAACAGCUCGAGCUGGCUAUCAAGUAUGGCUUCCCGUUCCUCUUCAAGGACGUUGACGAGUACAUCGACCCUGUCAUUGAUAAUGUGCUCGAGAAAAACAUCAAAGGAGGUCAAGGUCGUGAGUUUGUUGUCCUUGGGGACAAGGAGGUUGACUAUGACCCGAACUUCCGUCUGUACUUGAACACAAAGCUGGCCAACCCUAAGUAUUCCCCGAAUGUGUUUGGAAAGUCCAUGGUGAUCAACUAUACAGUCACUCUGAAGGGUCUAGAGGACCAGCUACUCUCUGUGAUCGUGAAGUUUGAGCGCCGAGAGCUGGAGGAGCAGCGUGAGCGACUCAUCCAGGAGACUUCAAUCAACAAGAAGCUUCUGAAGGACCUGGAGGACUCCCUGCUGAGAGAGCUGGCCCAGUCACAGGGCAACAUGCUGGACAAUGUGGAACUCAUACAGACACUUGAGGAGACCAAGACCAAGGCUACUGAGGUCUCAGAGAAGCUUAAGCUAGGAGCCAAGACCUCCUCGGACAUCGACAAGCUCCGAGACGGAUACCGACCGGCAGCACGUCGGGGGGCCAUCUUGUUCUUCGUGCUCGCUGACCUUGCAACCAUCAACAGCAUGUACCAGUACUCCCUGUCCACAUACCUGGAGGUGUUUGAGUUCUCCCUGAAGAAGAGCAUGCCCGACUCAAUCCUGCAGAAACGUCUGCGAAACAUCAUGGAGACCCUCACACACAAUGUGUAUGACUAUGGCUGCACUGGCAUCUUUGAAAAGCACAAGCUGCUGUUCUCGUUCCAAAUCUGCGUGAAGCUUGAACAGGAUCUGCUCCAUGUCAGCCAGGAGCAGGUGGACUUCUUCAUCAAGGGUAACAUCGCCCUAGAGAAGAGCAAACGCAAGAAGCCGUUUGGUUGGUUCCCUGAUGAGGGAUGGGAGGACUGCAUACGAUUGGCCGAUGUGUUCCCAGACAAGUUUGGCUCCCUGCUUGAGGACAUCGAACGCAAUGAGAAGGCCUGGAAAAAGUGGUAUGACCACGACACCCCAGAGUCGCAGCCAUUCCCCCUUAAAUACCAGGACAACCUGCAGGGCUUUGAUCGCCUCCUGCUUCUCCGAUGCUUCAGGGUUGACCGCAUCUACCGCUCGAUCACCGAGUACGUGACCAAGUGUAUGAGUGAGAAAUACGUCACCCCUCCCAUCAUCAGCUAUGAGCAUAUCUUUGAGCAGAGCACGCCCAUGUCGCCCAUCGUGUUUAUCCUGAGCCCGGGCUCUGACCCCGCUAGUGAUUUGAUGAAGCUGGCUGAGAGGAUUGAGUUUGGAAGUAACAAGAUCAAGUUCUUGUCCAUGGGCCAGGGGCAGGAAAAGGUUGCCCUACAACUGCUGGAGACGGCUAUAGCGCGUGGCCAGUGGCUGAUGUUGCAGAACUGCCACCUGCUGGUGAAGUGGCUGAGAGAGCUGGAGAAACAGUUGGAGAAACUCAACAAGCCCCACCCAGAUUUCCGCCUGUGGCUGACCACAGAGCCCAUACAGAGCUUCCCCAUCGGCAUCCUGCAGAGGUCUCUCAAGGUUGUGACAGAGCCUCCCAAUGGAUUGAAGCUGAACCUGCGCAACACGUACCACAAGAUCUCCACAACGGCACUGAUGAACUGUCCCCACCAGGCAUUCCCUUCACUCGUCUUUGUGCUUGCCUUCUUCCAUGCAGUGGUCCAGGAACGUCGCAAGUAUGGCAAGAUUGGCUGGAACAUCAGCUACGACUUUAAUGAGUCUGAUUUCUCUGUCUGCAUGGAAAUCCUAAAGACGUACCUGCAGAAGUCGUUUGAACUCGCAGAGCCCAAGAUACCCUGGAACAGCUUGAAGUACCUCAUUGGAGAGGUGAUGUAUGGAGGUCGUGCGAUCGACAACUUUGACCGGCGGGUCCUGAACACAUACAUGAACGAGUACAUGGGAGAUUUCAUCUUCGACACCUUCCAGCCUUUCCAUUUCUACCACAAUGAGGAGGUCGACUACAGGAUCCCAGAGGAGGGGCCUAGGGACAACUACACAGAGUUCAUAGAGACGCUUCCCUUGGCUAACACUCCUGAGGUGUUUGGUCUUCAUCCCAACGCUGAGAUAGGCUACUACACGCAGGCUGCCAGAGACAUGUGGCUUCACCUGGUGGAGUUGCAGCCACAGACUGGUGAGAGUUCGUCUGGCAUCAGUCGUGAUGACUUUAUUGACAAAAUCGCUACUGACGUGCUAGGGAAGAUUCCUGUUGAGUUCGAACUCGACAAGAUUCGUAAGAGGUUUGGUCUCGAUAUCACGCCCACCACAGUCGUGUUGCUGCAGGAGCUCGAGAGGUGGAACAACCUUAUCAACAGGAUGAAGAAAUCCCUCGUCACACUCAAGAGGGCGUUGGCUGGAGAGGUAGGCAUGUCCAGUGAGCUAGAUGACGUGGCGCGUUCGCUCUUCAAUGGUCAGAUCCCCUCCAUCUGGCGCAGGCUCGCGCCAGAGACCCUUAAAUCCCUUGGCAACUGGAUCAUACACUUCGAGCAUAGAUACAAGCAGUACAAUGGAUGGGUUAACGAGGGAGAGCCGGCGGUGAUGUGGCUGUCUGGCCUCCACAUCCCAGAGUCCUACCUGACGGCCCUCGUACAGGCUACCUGCAGGAAGAACGGCUGGCCCCUCGACAAGUCCACGCUGUACACCGCCGUCACAAAGUGGGUCAGCCCAGAUGAAGUCUCCGAGAAGGCUCACCAAGGUUGCUUUGUUCACGGCCUGUUCCUGGAGGGCGCAGGCUGGGACCGUGAGAACAUGUUCCUCAUCAAGCAGAAGCCCAAGCAGCUCAUUCAGGAGCUCCCCAUCCUGAAGAUCAUCCCUAUUGAGGCUCACAAACUCAAACUGCAGAACACGUUCCGUACGCCGGUCUAUGUGACGUCACAGCGCCGUAACGCCAUGGGGGUUGGUCUGGUGUUUGAGGCGGACCUGGCCACGUCAGAGCAUAUCAGCCACUGGGUCCUGCAGGGCGUCUGUCUCACACUCAACACUGACUAGAGAGAGGCAGGGAUUAGGACCACUGAAAGUGUAGAGGGAGGGACAGUGUUGUUGGAAUUGCUUUUGAAAUAAUAAUUCUGAAUAACUAUAAUGAAGUGUUAAACAUGAUUCUGUCUCACUCUCAAAAUGGACCAUAUUAAGAAAACUGGAAAAUGUGGAAAAAAAUAGUGUGUCAUCAAAUUGCUGUUGAAAUAAGAAUUGUGAAUGAUAGCACAAUUUUAAAGCAGAUUGUGUCUUUUACUCAAUCAGCACUGACUAGAAAUAUCCUGGAUUGUAUGUCCCAAUUAAAUGGAAUGAACAAUAGUAUUUAAAACAGUUAUGUUAUUAAUAUUGCGCACAUCUACUUAGAAAAUGUAGCUUCUAAAACUUAAAAAUUAAUUUUGUUAAACAUUUCAAAUAAACCUGAAGGCGGCAAUAUGUGCUGUUUUAUGGCUACUUUUGAAGAAUAAAUAUAUUGUCACAAAAUAUGUACUGUUGAAGUAAAGAUCAUGCUAUUGGAGUAAUUUUUAACAUACAUGAACACCAGAACACUUAUCUGGGAUUUUUGCUGCUUAAAAUGUUGUCAUUCACAUGUUUUGUGUUUUUUUAAACAAAAAUGUACUUUUGAUGUGCAUGGCAUUCUUUAGACAAAAUAUUGCACCUUUGAGGUGAAUAACAUUGUUUUUUAAAAAUAUGUAAAAUGUUUAUGAGACAUUCAAUUAUUGUAGAGCUUUUGAACUGUGAAAGCCUUGUAAAUAAACAAAAUUUUAUUGAUUUAUUUAUUAAUUGAUAUUUAGCUUAAUUAAUAUGUUUACACACAUUUGUUAAUGACACCAUGAUGAUUAAAUCAUAUUCCGUCCGGUUUUGUUGCCUUGUUCCAAUGUUAUUAUGAAUUAUAAAAGUUAAAUCUUAUUAUGUUGUACAAUCUACAUUCAGUAUUGUUUAAUUGUUGUUUAAUGCUUUAUUUAAAUUGUGAUGUAACUGAUUUGAAUGAAGAAAACUGUUAAAAAAAUAAAUACUUACUGAUUGUGUUAA